GUAAAGAAAGCAGCACAGCAGAUAGACAAGAAUUCAUGUAUGCCAAAGUGCCUAACUAAUAUGAUACAGUGAAUGCUCAUGGCCAUGGGAACACCCAAACUUCCAAUAAAUACUCUGUUCUCAAGUGGUUGGCUGAAGCCGUGGCCACGUCACUCUAAAAUGUCCCGUUACUUCUCCGGACCUUUUCAAAAAAUAAUACUGACGAUGACGAUUAGCAUCGGAUCUUAAUUAACUAACCUCAAUCAAUCCAUCAAACCACCUCCUCAAUAUCAUCUUUCUUCUUCUUGCCAGUCUCUUUUUUUCUGACCAAAACGAAAAGAAACCAGAGAAACGAGAAUAAGUUUCCUUAAAGAUGAAAAGGAUCUUGUUUUUUCUUUCCUCUAGAUUUUCUGACCGACCCUCUAAAUUUCGCCUCACCCAUUUUCGGCUUUACUGUGAUCGCGCACAUUCUUCUGUCUCCAGGCGUCCCGGUCCGCUUGCUUAUUACAAGAGUCUCGUUAAUCAAGGAAAAUUGAAACACGACCCUUACCAGGAAAAGGUUGCUUUGGAACUGGAUAGCUUGCUUGGAAGGCUGGACCAAUAUGAGAAAGAUAUGGAGGAAUACCAUGCAAAUCUUGCCAAGUGGGAAGAGAACCGGGAAAAUGAGCGGCGGAGGCUUUUGAUGGAGGAAGCCAAGUCAAAGCAACAGGGAGAUGCCUUAACAUCCAUAAACAAGCGUAGGAAUAUGUUUCAGAAGUGGAUGUCACGAAAAUUUGAUAAUGUUGAACCAGGCGUGGGGAAAUGGGUGUCAUAUCUUAACAGAGAAAAGAAACUAGAUUCACUGGUUGGCAAGCGUCCUACUGCUCCUCCAGCACCCAAGGGCCUAUACAUUUAUGGAAAUGUUGGAAGUGGGAAGACAAUGCUCAUGGAUAUGUUCUAUAGUGCCACGGAAGGAAUUGUUCAACAUCGGAGAAGGCUUCACUUUCAUGAGGCUAUGCUUCAAAUACACGAUCUCAUGCAUAAAGUAUGGAAGAGUCAAGAGAUGGAAAAGUCUCUUCAAUCCAGCAUUUCAAACUGGGUAAUGAAUCUUCCAUUUGAUACAAAAAUUAAGGAAUGGCUAGCUGAAGAAGAACGAUAUAAGCAAGAGAUGAAAAUGAAAAAUAUUCUUCCAGCUGUCGCGGAUAAGUUUCUUGUUGAUAGGCAAGGAUAUCAAAGAGGAUCUAGUAUUCUUUGCUUCGAUGAAAUACAGACAGUUGAUGUAUUUGCUAUUGUGGCCUUAUCUGGAAUUGUAAGCAGAUUGUUGAGUACAGGAACGGUUCUUGUGGCCACCAGUAAUCGCGCACCAAGGGAUUUAAAUCAGGAUGGCAUGCAAAGAGAGAUAUUUCAAGAAUUUAUAGCCAGACUGGAGGAGCACUGUGAAAUUAUUCUGAUUGGAAGUGAAAUUGAUUACCGUCGUCAUAUAGCAGAAAGUUCUAUUGAUCAGACUCAUUACUUUUGGCCUCUAGAUAGCAACAAAAUAAAGGAAUAUGAAAAUAUGUGGAGCCUGGUCGUCAGCCAAUCAGGAGGAAGGAUCACUUCUCAAACGCUUCCUGUGAUGUUCGGACGAACAUUGGAAGUCCCUGAAAGCUGCAAUGGGGCAGCGCGCUUCACAUUUGAAUAUCUAUGUGGUCGACCGAUUGGGGCAGCUGACUACAUUGCCAUUGCUAAAACCUACCACACAGUCUUCAUAGGAGAUAUUCCAGUUAUGAGUAUGCGUAUCCGAGACAAGGCUAGGCGAUUUAUCACCCUUGUUGAUGAAUUAUACAAUCAUCAUUGCCGUCUAUAUUGUUCUGCUGCUACUUCUGUUGAUGAUCUAUUUCAAGGAACUGAAGAGGGAACAUUGUUUGAUUUAGAGAGCUUUCAGUUUGAAACAGAGACAGAAAACCCAAGGCUUCGACGGGAUGUCCUGGCAGAAGGCAAUGUUAGUUCAGGAGGAACCACCACAGGAAUUAUUUCUCUUCUAUCCGGUCAAGAGGAGAUGUUUGCAUUUAGAAGAGCUGUUUCCCGCUUGAUCGAAAUGCAAACACCAUUAUACCUUGAAGGCGUUAGUUACCUUCAUCCUUAUUUCCAGGAGAAGCCAACAGAAAAUCAGUCAUAGCACUGUUACUUCUUCACAGGCCAUCAUGCUUAGUAUCGUAUUCAAGGGACUUGAUUCCAUUUGUUGAAUAAAUUUUCAUAGUUCAUUGGUAGAUUGGAGGAAAAAAUAAAGGUGAUGUUACACUACAUAAUGGAAAGAAAAAACAAGAGCAUGCAUCUACUAUCAUCUUAUUUUCACCAGCUUUCAUCACUCAGAAGUCAGAAGACCAUACCCGAUAUUUUAAUCUUGGAAAAAAAACAUACUUUCACGGCUUUUAAUGAUGUAACUUUGGCUACAUGUUUCUUUGCCUUCACUUGUUUCUCUAUUAUAAUUUAAGAUUCAAACCAUAAGAUUAA